AUGCCCACCAAAUUGAAGCACUACAACCCGAGCGCAUCGGAUCUGAAGAAUCGAUGGCGUGUAUUCGACGCCGAAGGCAGAGUUCUUGGCAGACUCGCCAGCGAGAUCGCGAUGGUGUUGAUGGGUAAACACAAAGCCGACUUCGUACCGCAUUUGCCGUCUGGCGAUUUCGUGAUCGUUGUGAACGCGUCGAAAAUCGAAGUGACCGGCAAAAAGUCGGAGCAGAAGAUCUACAAGCGCCACAGCCAAUAUCCGGGUAACCUGAAACAGAUCCCCUAUUCGCGGAUGAUGGAACGGACUCCGGAGCGGAUUAUCGAACUUGCGGUUCGGGGGAUGCUCCCGAAGAAUAAGCUCGGGCGCAGGAUGCUUACACGUCUGAAGGUGUACGAAGGUCCGGAACACCCGCACACGGCGCAAGUGAUCGGUUCAGAACGCGCCGAAACACGCGACAGGGAUGAAGAAAACGAAGACUGA